AUGGGCUCGAUCGCUCUCUUGGCAAAAGAAUUGGGAUAUAAAGUAACUGGAUCCGACCAUGCAGCUCAUCCACCUAUUUCAACAAUGCUCGAAAAGCACGGGAUUCAUAUCAUGAAGGGAUAUGAUCUAACUCAUCUAAAAGAGCGCCCAGAUUUGAUAAUCAUUGGAAACACAAAGGCUCUAGCAAGAGGCAAUCCGGUCACGGAAUUCGUUUUAAAUGAAAAAAUUCCAUUCACUUCGGCACCAGAAUGGAUUUACUCAAACAUUUUGAAAGAUCGCUGGGUAAUCGCUGUUUCGGGAACACAUGGAAAGACGACAACCACAUCGAUGAUUGUUUGGAUAAUGGAAAGAGCUGGGUUGAAGCCCGGGUAUUUGAUAGGUGGAGUUCCAAACGGCUUGCAAAAUUCGACACGUUUAAGCCCAGAAUCUGAAUAUUUCGUGAUUGAAGCUGACGAGUAUGGAACAGCGUUUUUCGAUCAACGGCCAAAGAUGUGCCUCUAUCAUCCAAAGACAUUGGUGAUCAACAAUUUGGAAAUGGAUCACGCUGACAUUUAUGCUGAUUUGGCUGAAAUCGAAUUGCAGUUUCAUCGAUUGAUCAAAAUGUUGCCGGGUAAUGGUUUAAUUGUGCAUCCAACAAUGACUGAAUCAAUUCAACGAGUAAUAGCUAAAGGAUGUUGGACUCCAACUGAAACAACAGGAGAAAAUGGGAACUGGACAACCAAACUCCUCUCACGUGAUGGAUCCUUAUUUGAAGUCUUUCAAAAUCGAAAACUUAAAGGAACAAUUUCUUGGGAAUUGCUUGGAAAUCAUUCUGUGGCUAAUGCUCUUUCUGCCAUUGCUGCUGUAAAUCAUAUUGGUGUGAGCCCUGAAAUCGCCAUUGAAGCACUUUGUUCGUUCAAGUACCCGAAAAGAAGGCUUGAAAAAAUUGGUCAAGUUGGUGAAAUAGAGAUCAUUCUCGAUUUUGGACAUCAUCCCACAGCAAUUCAGGCCAAUUUAAAAGCUCUACGAGAAAGAUAUGGAGAAGAUGCUAAAAUCUAUACAGCUAUCGAUCUCUCAACAAGCUCGAUGAAGCUUGGCCUACAUAAAGAGACUUUACUACCAAGUACAAGCCAUGCGAAUUUUGCGUUUUUCUGGAAAACUGCUCAACUCGAUUGGGAUAUUGAAAAGAUUUGGGAGAAUUAUCGAUCACCUUGUCAAAUUUCUCAAACAGUUGAUGAAAUAAUGGAAAGUUUCUUGAAGAUGAUCAACAAUAAUGUCACCGACAAAGUGAUUUUCAUUGCUUUCAGUUCUUCUUCAUUCGACAAUUUGCCCCAAAAGUUGAUGAAAAGACUUCAAAAUGAUUGUGCAGAAAAGUUGAUUAAACGAGAAGAGCUU